AUGCACGAAGCAGAUGUCUGGGUAGAUGGUUUACAUGUUGGUCGUCAUCUCGGUGGUUAUUUACCCGUCUAUAUUGACAUUCCAAGCGGAGGGAACAUAACAGUUCGUCUUCGUAACACUGACAAUCCUCUUAUUCCACCAGGUAAAAGUCUGUCUGCACUAGAUUUUAAUUAUUAUGGUGGUCUCUAUCGUCAUGUAUGGCUUCUAAAAAAAUCGCACCACCUUCGUUUCAAUCGACAUGUUAGCAUUCAAUAUGAAAAUAUUAGUCGAGCUCAAGUGCCUCUUAGUGUACGGUUCAAUGUCAUUCAUAGAUCUGGUGAACUCGACCAGUAUCGAAUCCGAUACUUGUUGGAUGGUCAUGAACUAUUGCCUUCGUCCAUUUUACUUCAAGAAAAUCCAUCAACGACAUCUUAUUCAUAUGAUGUAAAAAUGAUUGUUUUUAAUCCUCGUCUCUGGUCACCAUCGCAACCGAAUCUCUAUGAGUACGUAUUGGAACUUUUAUCAGACAUAGGAACAACAGAGAGAAUAUUUGAUCGACACAACAUCACCAUUGGAUUUCGUUCACUAGAGUUUCAAUCCAAUAGUUCACAUUUAUUUUUGAACGGACAACAAAUGGAUUUUCUUGUUGGAACAAAUCGUCAUCAAGAGUAUCCUUACGUUGGCUAUGCUCUUUCCGAUCAAGCACAAUAUCGUGACGCUUACAAAAUAAAAAAAGCCGGUUUCAACUUAGUCCGUUGUUCUCAUUAUCCACCAUCGCCAGCUUUUCUCAAUGCCUGUGAUCGAUUGGGACUUCUUGUUAUUAAUUCGAUUCCUGGUUGGCAGUUCUUUGGCGACAAAACUUUUCAAAACAACAGUCUCGAUGAUGUUCACCAGAUGUUUCGUCGUGAUUGCAAUCAUCCGUCGGUGUUUCUCUGGGAAGCAAGUCUCAAUGAAAGUCCGAUGACAAAAGAGUUCAUGAUUCGUGCUCAUGCAAUUGUCAAAGAGGUGUCGCAUGGGUUGACUAGUGGAUGGCUCGACGAAGAAAAUAUCUAUGAUGUAUUUACACCAGCUCGACAACAUGGUCAAGCGCCUGAUUAUUAUAGAAAUUAUCGAGCAAAGAAUAACAAACCACUUCUUCUGGCCGAGUAUGGUGACUGGGAAUACUUCGCAUCGCAUAAAGAUAAUUUCAAUCAGGCAUACAACUCUUCAAGGUUCUAUGAGAACACGUCAAGACAACGAAGAUAUGAUGGAGAAAAACGAUUGUUACAGCAGGCACACAAUUUCCAAGAGGCUCACAAUGACAAUCGUCGUGCUAGUCAAACAGCUCGGAUUGUGGGUGAUGCUAAUUGGUUAAUGUUUGAUUACAAACGAGGCUAUGCACCUGAUAUUGAGGCAUCCGGAAUUAUGGAUAUCAAUCGAUUACCCAAAUUUGCUUUCUAUUUCUAUCAGAGUCAAUGUACAUCUUGUGAACCGAUGAUAUUUAUCGCUAGUUAUUGGACAAAUUUGUCCAAUACAUCUGUUACAGUUUAUUGCAAUUGUGAACACGCCGAACUUCGACUGAAUGGUGAGAGAAUUCUGAACGGUGGCAAACAGCAGCACGAUUCAUCUUAUCUUCUACGUUCUCCGUAUAUCUUCAAUAUUGAUCGCUACAUACCUGGACGUUUGGAUGCUACUGGUUUUAUAGGUGGAACAGCUGUUGUUCGAACACAUCAAUCAACGCCUGGGAAUAUUCGUCAUCAUUUGAAUAUCGAAAUUGAUCUGAGUGGGCAAUCAUUGACAACGAAAGAUCUUGUCUUCGUCUAUGCCUAUAUAUGCGAUCAAAAUGAUAUUGUUAUUCCGAAUGCAGACGACUUGAUUACAUUUUCUCUUCUCAACGCUCGCAACUGUGCAUUGUUGGUAGGUGACAAUCCAGUACGAGCUGAAGCUGGCAUCGCGAGUAUUCUUUUGAAAACGACAAAUAAGAGACCAGUCGAUUUCAUAACACUUAUUGCUAAAGCAUCGACUAUCGAACAUCAAGAAACACGACAUAUAUUCUAUGUCGCUUAA